GCCGCUCGGUGAGCUCGGCGCUCGGUCGGCGGGGACUGCGUAGACGUCGUAAUGGCGGCCCCCGGGUUAGAAGAAGGGGGCUUGUUCGCCCGGGGGGUGCGGGCGGUGCUGGGCGGCUGGGCCGCGCUCCAGCUGGCGGUGGCCCACGGUUUCGGGGGCCCCCAGAGCCCCGAAAAAGCGACGUGGUUGGCGGGAGCCCUGCAGGAGUUUUUCGCCCAAAAUGAACUGGGGGAGGAGGAGGUGGAGGAGUUCCUGGCCGAGGUGAUGGAUAACGAGUUCGACACGGCAGUGGAGGAUGGCAGCCUGCGGCAGGUCAGCCGGGAGCUGGUGACUCUCUUCGCCCAGGCCAGCCGGGGGGACGCGGGGGGGGUGGGGGAGGCCCUGGGGGCUCUGGCUCGCCGCGGCCCCGCCCUCCGAGCCGCCCUGGCCACUGCCCACCUGGAGGAAAGCCCCGCCCAUGCCCCGCCCACACCUGAGGGGGACACACCCCCCCGGACCCCCCCCCCCCACCAGGAGGGGGGGGAGGAGAGCAGCGAGGAGGAGGAGGACGAGGAGGAAGAGGCGAUGGAGUGCGGGACCCCCCCCCCCCCCCCCGACGGCUGGACCCUGGACGCUGGUGGCCCUGGAGGCCGCCUUGGCCUUGGAGGAGGAGGACGGUGACAUCCCGGCCCGGGUCCUGGUCGAACAUCUCGUGGACACCCGUCGGAAGCAGAAGCUGCUCCUCACCCAGCUGCGGGUGCUGCGCCUGCUCCUAGGGGUGAUCGAGAACCCGGGGCCCCCCUCGGCCCCCCCCCCACUCC